CGAUCAUAUGAUCAGUCAAUUCUCUUCAAUAUUAUAGUAUUUAUGCAGUGACUUUCAUUUACUCGAUCCAGAUCCCUGGAACAGCCUGGAACCGGCACCUUUUUGGCUUCUCGCAGCUGUUUCACCCACCAUGGAGCUACAGCUGGUGCCAUGGAGCCAGUGGGGCUCUCCCCUGCCGAGCACCACCCGCCACCCUCCGUCUCACACGAGGCGCACGUCGAGGCCGUUGGAGCGUCCGACCAGACUCGCCAGGGCCGGACUUGUGGGAUUGAUUCUGGCGGGUGGUACUCGAAAGUCUGAGCAGACCAGGCAGCGGCAGAGGGGGAGGAUUCCAUGUUGGGCGUAUUCGGCGACCAGCUUCGCGACGUAUUUACGCUCCGACUUUGCGGCUUGGAUGGAUCGACUCAAGAAGGAAUGUCCAGAUCAUCCCUGGUGCCUCAAAGAAACCCAAGGCGGGUUGGCCGAAGUCUUCAUUAAGCAAGGCUUGGUCGUUGAAGAGAGGUUGCUCCAGUGGUUUCGCACAGCACAUCCAGAGUGGAGGAUCCUGGACCUGAGCACGUGGACAGAUGACUUGCAUCGAAAGGAGCCGAACUGGCGUGAGAUCGCGUCAAACCAUACGCUUGAAGUGUUGGAACAUGGAGAAGUGGAUGUGAUUUACCAGGCGCCCUUGUACCACGACAAGCUGGAGCUAUUUGGCAUCGCUGACUUUCUUCUUCGAAGGGGCAAGGAGUAUGUGAUCUGGGAUACGAAGUUGUCAAAGCACCCGCAAGGGGCAUAUCUGGCACAGCUUGCUUGCUAUGCGGAAAUUUUAUGCUUCUUGAUGUCUCUGGAGCCCGAAGCAGUGACCGUGGGCCUGGUCUUGGGGGAGAACGCUGAGCAUGGAACAGCUGUGGAGCUUCCUUUUUCUCAGAUCCGUGACCACUUCCUUUCUGCUUGGUCGGCCUUUGGCCGCUUCCAGCAGCGCUGGACGCCGCCGCAGUCCACGGCCGACGGUCGCACGCGGCCGGGGGUGCCGGUCUCGGUGGUGUCUGGACGGUGGGAGGAGCUGUCCAAGCAUUUGCUCAGCGAGGAGGAUGACUUGCUGUUGGUGGCUGGCAUGAAGAGUAGCCAAAGGCGGAAGCUGCGGCAGCUGGGCAUCUCGACGCUGGAGCAACUGGCGCAGUGGCCCUCUCGGAAGCUCGAGACCCUACAUGAAUGUACUGGGAUGCGCUUGUCCACUGUAGAGAUGCUUCAAAGACAGGCCAAGCUACAGUAUCGUUCGCGCUCUACCAUCCGACCGGCCUCAGAAGUGCUGCCCAGUGUUGCUAAGACCUUGGCAAAGCUGCCAGAGGAUGAUGGAGGCGAUCUCUUCCUCGACUUGGAGGGCAUGGCUUUGUUCAAAGACCCCUACUUCCUAAAUUAUCUCAUUGGGAUCAGCUUACGUGACGGAAGCUAUUUGGAGUGGUGGUCUCACAGACUGGAAGAUGAAGCACAAAGUUUCCAAAAGGUUCUGGACUAUGUGUUCAAUCGACGAAAGGAGUAUCCAGAUAUGCAUGUCUACUGCUAUGGACACUACGAAGCUGGUGCCUUCCGACGUACUGCAAGGCGGUUGUCAGAUGAAUACCAAGCAAUGACCGAGGAGUUUUUGGAGAAGCUUUUGGUGGACUUGUUGCCAGUGGUGAAAGGAUCUAUUGCCUUGGGUCUUCCGGGAUACGGAUUGAAGAACGUGGAGAAGAUGUACCAGAAACCGCGGAGCACGGACGUGAGCAUAGCUGUGGACUCCAUGGUGGCAUAUGCGAAAUGGACCGAAGAACGCGAGCAUGGGCAUCCGCAUCCCGAGCUGUUGCGGCACAUCGCCGAGUACAACCGCGCAGACUGCGAAUCGACCCUGCACCUCCUGACCUGGCUCCGGAAGAGAUGCGCAAAGGCGGCGGCAAAGGUUCAUGCAACUCCACCCAAGCAACCGAACGAAGUCAGAAAGAAAGGACGGUGCUUUAAAGGCCAAGAUUUGCCUCUGUGUGGAAGGAGUAGGAACGCUGCUUCUUGUGCAAGCAAAGCCGGUAAAGCGGCUAAAGCUCCAAAGACGAAGACAUUGGUGAAGGCCACAGACGAAAUGGGCAAAGCUUUGGAAGACUUCCAGAAACUGGUCGAUGAGCGCUGUGCACAGGACCGCUGUGCGGAGCGGUCCUCGCACACUUUCCCAACCGAGAUGAGCGUGGCCUGCAAGUAGCACAGACGAGUGCGGCCGAUUGCGAGCAAUUAGAGUUGUUGGUUCCAGCACACGACAGUCAUGUUGGUGCUGAUUUGUUCUCUGCAGCUGGGGACUGUACAGGGGGCCGUGCCAGAGACGCUGAACAUCUGAUCUGGGGUCAA